AUGUCCCUCAAAACCUGCUCUCGACGCCUCUUGAAACUUAAGACAACCUCACUCCCUCUCUACACGCAGUUUCGCUCUCAGUUCCUCAUCCAAAACACCAUCUACCGAGCCCACCAAAGACCCCUCAGCGGAACAAGACCCUUCAACAUGUCCAACGACGACGACUACAUGGCCUUCCUCAACAAGGCGAAUCAGGACACCGGCGCCGACGCGACUACACAGCAAAAGUCUUCCGUGUUCAAGGCCAAGGACACAGGCAGCGAGGUGCCCAAGGAGAUCCGCAACGUGUGCAAGAGCGCCGUCUACGUCUCGGACGCCGACGAGCCAUUCGAGGAGGUCUCGCUCAAGUGGGAGGGCAAGAACGGACUACCAACCGAAUCCGAAUUUGCCAAGCUCAUCAACCACUCGUCCCCCGACUCGGCGGAAAUCAAGAUCCUCGACCCUCUCAACUGGGACUCGCGCGGCCAGUACACCAACGUCAUCGAGGCGGUGCGCGAAGCGUCCAAGGGAAACGACGUGCGCGUAUACCAGAUCGUCCGGGACGCCACGAGGGUCGAGUACUGGGUCGUCUCGCAUGCCGAUGGAAGGCUCAUCGGCGCCAAGGCCCUGGCGGUAGAGAGCUGA